GCCUCUUGCAACUUUUUUUCUUGUUCCCCGGACCGACCAUCGUGAACCACUCCACCCAAGUCAUCCCAAGUCAUCAUGUCGUCUUGUCAGCACGAGACCCUCCUCCUUGAUGUUUCCCCUCAUGCAGCUGAGGCCGGGUUUGCUCGACCGCCGCUGGCCAAAAGAAAAGCAGCGACGACAGCAUCGGGUCGGGCAUCAGGAAGCACAGCAGACCAUCUCCGUCUCGAAUCGCUCUUCCCUGGUCCCCUCGUGCUGCCCGACGACUGUCUGGCUAUCGACCCAAAGGAACCACCCCAGAGCUUGCGUUCAUGGACAAAUGAGAAGCUCAGGAACCCAUUCACGCAGGAGCGGAAGACGAUAUAUAUUGUCCCAGCCCCAGAUGUCCCCUCGCGGACCGUCUUCUCCCGCACAUUGCAGAGCUGGGCCCUCCCGUUUGUGCUGCAGGCGCCUCUGAAAGAAGGAUGUGACACACCCAAAGUCAAAUACAUCCGCAACUACCUCGACGCCUUUUACCACCCCCUCCCCGUCCGCACCCUUCCAAACAUGGCCCGCUUCGUCCCCUGGACCGAGGGCAAGUCCAAGCCCAGCUCCAAAGAGCCGCCGCAACACAUCGGCCUGCAAAUGGGAGACAACGUCACGCGCAUCACCACGCGGCCCUGCCCGGACGAAACCUACCCGCGGCAGCUGAACCUGAACGACAUGCUAGACGCGGUCAUCGAGGCGCUGCCCGAUGACGCCUACGCGCUGGUCAUGCUGACAGAGCACGACCUGUACGAGGACGACGACGACGACUUCUGCUGCGGCCGGGCCUACGGCAACAGCCGCGUCGCCGUCGUCUCGUCGGCCCGCUACCACCCGCUGCUGGACAAGCCGACGGACAUAGACCGGGAGCAUACCUGGCCCUUCUCUCACUGCGACGCGUACGUGCGGCGGGUGUGCAGAGACGCAGAGGACGCCGAAGCGGCGGACUCGACGACUGGCGGCGGCACCAAGCGCCGCAAGCUCGGUUCCCCCGUCCCGGACCCGGACACCACCCCAACCGAACAACCCAUGGCGCGCGUGAUCCGGGCGGGGCUCGGCGGGUCCGGGCCGAACCACAGCCCGACGGGCAUGUGGCUGGCGCGGAUGGUGCGGACGGUCGCGCACGAGCUGGGCCACUGCCUCUGCCUGGACCACUGCUCCUACUACGCGUGCGUCAUGCAGGGCACCGCGGGCAUGGCCGAGGACCUGCGCCAGCCGCCGUACCUGUGCCUGGUGUGCGAGGCGAAGCUGGCGAGGGCGGUGCGCGAUCUGGGGGAGGUUCAUCAGGAUGGGGUUGGGGAGGGGGAGGUGUUGCUCAAGAGGUAUGAGCGGUUGGUGAGGUUCUGUACGCUGUGGGAGACGGUGGGCAUGUUUGGGGCGUACCGGGGUUGGUUGCAGGAGAGGAUUGCGAUGCUGAAGGAGGGUUCACCACUAUAGAGUCAACCGACAGUCAUCCUGCAGGGUGGGUGUCAGACUCUCGGCAACCCUAGUUCGUGGGAUUCGUUGCCUGUAACACAUGGUUCGAAAAAGCAGAC